UCUUUCUCUCUCUCUCUCAAACAUAAUUUUCAACAAAGAUCCGAUGAUCAUAAAUCGACACAUACAUUAAUUUCUCCGAUCCCAAAUCCACACAGUAUAUAUACAUACAUAUAUAUAUGAGCAGCAGCAGUAGCAGCGUUAACAUGGCGGCGAACGGCGGCGGCGGCGGAGGGCGGGGGCCGUGCGGGGCAUGCAAGUUUCUCCGGCGGAAGUGCGUGGCGGGGUGCGUGUUCUCGCCGUACUUCGACUCGGAGGAAGGGGCGGCGCACUUCGCGGCGGUGCACAAGGUGUUCGGGGCGAGCAACGUGUCGAAGCUCCUCCACCACAUCCCCGCCGGAAAACGCCUCGACGCCGCCGUCACCAUCUGCUACGAGGCACAGUCCCGCCUCCGCGACCCCAUCUACGGCUGCGUCGGCCAUAUCUUUGCCCUUCAGCAACAAGUUGUUAAUCUGCAAGCAGAGCUCUCUUGCUUGCAAGCGUAUCUGGCCGCUCUGGAGAUUCCGGCGCCGGCGCCGGCGACGGUCAUACAGCCGGGGAAUUCGAUAUCUGAGUUUCCGGCGAUUCCGGCAUCGUCGGUAAACGAUCACCUGUCGGCGUUAUGCGACUCAGGGGUUUACCCAUCGUGGACGAUUCACCAAAGGCUGCAGGACCCUCGUCCGCCGGCAUCCGCUGACUCGCCGCUGGCCGGCGCCGGCGGAGGUGAUCUUCAAGAAUUGGCACGUGAGCUCCUGAACAGGCACGUGACUCCUGUAGGAAGCUGCAGGAAUCAGGCUAGUGUGCACGUGCCCCCUCGCUCCCGUGGAAGUAAUUAAAAUUUAAUUAAUUAAUUAGGGUUUUGCUAAUUUUAAUUGUUGGUUAUAUGACUAA